UUCCUAGAUUGCUUGCGCAUUACGAGUACGACACAUAUUAUAAUAUGUGAACGAACCCAACGAGUGCAGGCCAAGCAUGAAGUCCGCCGCCAAGAAUCGACAAAGAGAAGUCGAGAAACGUCAAGAUAAAAACGAGUUGAAAAGCUACCAGAGUGUUGUAACUUUGUCCUUCUACCGGUUGUACGAUCGCCUCAAUGCUAACCUAUACAUCAAAUACGGCUGGUUCUUGAUAAUAAACGUUUUGAUCACGUGUGAAAUAUUCAUCAUCAUUGCACCCAUGAGUUUGCCAAAGGAAGAUCUUGCCCAGUUUGGCCUACGUUGCACUCUACGUUUCUGUCUUCCUCUGUUUCUCUGGUCCUCACUGGAACGACUGGCAAGGCAGUUUAGAUGCUGUUAUCAUAGCGACUGUAGAAUGUUGUCUAUAUGUACAAAGAAUGUAAACGAAAGAACUCACGAGUUGGAUCUAAAAAUCGAGCUCCUAUUGUCAUUGCUCUUUCUUGUCGUUCUCUCUGUGUUUGGAAUAAGAAAUGGACUACCUGGUAGAAACGAACUCCAAGAUAUAUUUCCAGCCGAGGCUUUACCAUAUGUAUAUAUUGCCGAUGGAAGUUGUCUGCUCUUCAUUGCUUUACAAAUUCAACUGACAAUCGCCCUAAUGGUGUUUGAAAGCAAGCACGUGUAUCAGUCGUCGUGUCCGGACACAACGGUUAAGAGAUGGUCUCGAAUAAAGGGUACAAUUGUUGUCACAACUCUUGGAUUAUUUGCUAGUGCGUUUGCACGUCUCUUCUUCAAGAAAAGAAGUGCACAAACGCACGUGCUGACGCACCUUAAUUGGGAUGCUUUAAUUGGGGGAGGAAUAAUGUUUCUCAGCACUAACAGUUGCAGAGUGUUCCGCUUGAUGGCCAGUGUUGCGUUGUUCGUGAUUAUGGUUUUGGGAGACAGAGAGAAGGCAGCAGAUGCGAACCUGGUUCAUUCUGCGCUGCAUUUGGGAGGGUGUGCGAUGAUGUACAAUAUGAUCAGUGGUGGGAAGAUGCUCUAUCUGUGGUCUGAUCGAUUUCAGAACAUUCUGUAUCAACUAGUGGCCGUUACGGCUCUUGCUGUGAUUGCAGCUGAUCUGUAACAUUGAAUGCUGCAAUUGUAAACUUUUAUAGCAAAACGGUCUCUGUUGCUAUAGUUACCUUAGCAAACUGUCUACUUGUAAUUUUAUCUUUUCUAUUUUGACUUUAGUACGUCAAGUUCA